CCCCUUUCUCGUUAAAAGACAUCAAUCAAUCUCAUAAGUCAGCCACCCCUUGGUAGAUACUCAUCUACCACAUCAGAUUCCCCUCACCAUUCACCUGUCCCUACUCUCGUUCCCCUUCCCCUUCUCCCACGCGCCACCUCUCCUCCGCCUCAGUCAACUCUGUCUUCCCUUAGUUUCCUGUUUUCCAUCUCUUGUCUAAGCGGGAAUCUAAUUACAGGAGGAUAAGGACAAGACACCGACUAAAAGGGAAAAUAAAUUACAGGAAAAAAAAGCUCUCCGGCUUUCUUUAUGAAUUGUGCAAAAAAAUUGUUGAGCUGCCGCUUGGAGGGGGAAUAGUGACGGAAACAAUGGGCGGGGUGACGUCAACGAUUGCAGCUAAGUUCGCGUUCUUUCCGCCGAGCCCGCCGUCUUACACGGUGGUGGCAGAGGAGUCGUGCGGCGGGGUACUCUGCAUACCAGAGGUGCCGCGGAGGGAGGACGUGGACGUGUUGAGGCUGAGGACUCGUCGGGGAAAUGAUGUUGUGGCGGUGCACGUUAGCCACCCCAAGGCCAACGCCACCAUGCUCUAUUCCCAUGGGAACGCCGCCGAUUUAGGUCAGAUGUAUGAGCUGUUCGUGGAGCUUAGUCUCCGUCUCCGCGUCAAUCUUAUGGGGUAUGAUUAUUCAGGAUACGGGCAGUCAAGUGGAAAGCCAACUGAAUGUAAUACGUACGCAGACAUUGAUGCUGUAUAUAAAUGCCUUAAGGAGCAGUAUGGAGUGAAAGACGAACAACUAAUACUAUAUGGUCAGUCUGUUGGUAGUGGUCCCACUGUUGAUCUUGCAUCACGUCUACCAAACUUGAGAGGUGUUGUUUUGCAUAGCCCAAUUUUAUCCGGGUUGAGAGUGCUGUACCCUGUAAAACGAACAUAUUGGUUUGACAUUUACAAGAAUAUUGACAAAAUUGGUUCAAUAAAUUGUCCAGUUCUCGUUAUUCAUGGAACUGCCGAUGAUGUUGUGGAUUGCUCCCAUGGGAAGCAGCUUUGGGAGCUCUGCAAGGUGAAAUGUGAACCUGUGUGGAUAAAUGGAGGCGGGCAUUGCAAUCUUGAACUUUAUCCCGAGUUCAUUAAACAGCUGAAGAAGUUUGUACUAGCUCUUCGCAAAUCAAAACCAGCAGCCAAUGGCUCUGCAGCAACAUCCUUAGAUACUGACAACAAGAAUAAAUCUGCAGAAAUCAAUACCACUGACACUUUUGAGUUGCGAACGGAUAUUCCAGAAGUUUCCAGAAACAGUUUGGACAGCCAACUCUAUAAGUCCAAGAAGACGAGCAAGCUGGAAAAAUCUAGAAUCAGUACUGAUAGUGUGGACCCGUUCAGGAAAAGAAAAGGCUUAAUCUGGUGAUUGCUACAGAACACAUUACAUCGUUACUCUCUCUUGUGUAGGUGGAGAAGAUAAUGUUUUAACACUAUUCCUGUGUCGAUGGAGACGCCUUCCAUGUCCCGAGUAUGUAUCAUGUUGAGCGUGCUUAUCUAGUAAGUAGUAAGUCAUCUCAAUUAUUUAUACUGAUCCUGAGAAAAUAAGAAUAACUGCUAUGUUUUAACCUGUGUCACAGUCUGGUUUGAUCGUUCCGUGCUACCUUAUCUCCGGUUCAUGUACCAAAUAGUUGUAUGUAGAGUUCGAUUACCCGUA